UUGGGCGGGUUCGGGGCGCUGCAGCCGUUUCGGGACCCGCUCGGUGCAUCGGCGCCUUUCGCCACAUUCUCGUCCCUCCACGGCCGCCGUCGUGCCAAGAUGGCAGCGCGCUGUUGUACGGCAAAGGGAACGGGAGGGAAGAGCAAGAUGGCAGCGCGCAGUUGUACGGCAGAGGGCAGCGCGCAGCCGUACGGACCGGGGGGCGCGGCCCAAGAUGGCGGCGCCCUGAGCGGCCCGGCCGAGCCAUGGCGGCGCCGGGAGAGGCGCCGGGAGAGGCGCCGGGAGAGGCGCUCCGGGCCGUGCUGCGGCCCAGCGGGGCCCUCCCGGCCGAGGCGCUCCCGGUGCGCGGCUACGACUUCUCGGGCGGCGCGGACCACGCGGCGCUGCUGCGCUCCUUCCGCACCACCGGCUUCCAGGCCACGAGCUUCGCGCAGGCGGUGGCGGAGAUCGAGCGGAUGAUCGCGGCCAAGCUGGAGCCGCUGAGCGCGGAGCAGCGGGAGCGGGCGGCCAUGGCCGGGCCGCGGCCGCCCUCGGGCUGCACCAUCUUCCUGGGCUUCACCUCCAACCUGGUCAGCUCCGGCGUCAGGGAGAGCAUCCGCUACCUGGUGCAGCGCGGAAUGGUGGACGUGCUGGUGACCACGGCCGGGGGCGUUGAGGAGGACCUGAUCAAGUGCCUGGCGCCCACCUACAUCGGGGACUUCCACCUGCGGGGCCGGGACCUGCGCCAGAACGGCAUCAACAGGAUCGGGAACCUGCUGGUGCCCAACGACAACUACUGCAAGUUCGAGGAUUGGCUGAUGCCCAUCCUGGAGCGGAUGGUGGACGAGCAGGACACGCAGGGCGUGCGGUGGACGCCGUCCCGGAUGAUCGCCCGGCUGGGCAAGGAGAUCAACAACCCCGAGUCCAUCUGCUACUGGGCCCAGAAGAACAAGAUCCCGGUGCUGAGCCCGGCGCUCACCGACGGCUCCCUGGGGGACAUGAUCUUCUUCCACUCCUACAAACGCCCGGGGCUCGUGCUGGACAUCGUGGAGGACCUGCGCCUCAUCAACACCCAGGCCAUCUUCGCCGCCAAGACCGGCAUGAUCAUCCUGGGCGGGGGCCUGGUCAAGCACCACAUCGCCAACGCCAACCUGAUGAGGAACGGCGCCGAUUUCUCGGUCUACGUUAACACGGCGCAGGAGUUCGACGGCUCCGACUCGGGCGCGCGGCCGGACGAGGCCGUGUCCUGGGGCAAGAUCCGCGCCGACGCCACCCCCGUCAAGGUCUACGCCGACGCCUCGCUCGUGUUCCCGCUGCUCGUGGCCGAGACGUUCGCCCGGAGCGCCGCCGCCUUCCCGGAGCCCGCGGGGACCCCCGAGCCCUGAGGGACCCCCGAGGGACCCCCGAGGUGUGAGGGACCCCCAAGGGACCCCGGAGGCCUGAGGGACCCCUGAGGGACCCCCGGAGCCCGCGGGGACCCCCGAGGCCCGAGGGACCCCCAAGACCUGAGAGACCCC